GCCCUGGAAUGAAGAGAUGCUGGAUACAGCGUGCAGACUGGUUUUGAAUGAAGUCACCCUUCCAGGCUCUGCUCCUGGGGGGAAGGUGGAGUUCAAGAGAACCCUCAUCAUCAGCUUCCUCUUCAAGUUCUACCUGGAGGUGUCACAGGGUUUGAAGAGGAUGGACCCAGGUCACUAUCUUAGCCUGGCAGACAGGUAUGAGAGUGCUUUAGAAGAUCUUCAUUCAAAACAUUAUUGGAGAACAUUAACCCACCAGAAUGUAGACCCAAAGCAGCUUCCUCAAGACCCAAUUGGGCGUCCCGUCAUGCACCUUUCUGGUAUUAAGCAUGCCACCGGUGAGGCCAUCUACUGUGAUGACAUGCCUGCAGUGGACCAGGAGCUUUUCCUGACUUUUGUAACCAGUUCAAGAGCACAUGCUAAGAUUGUGUCCAUAGACCUGUCGGAGGCGCUCAGCCUGCCAGGCGUGGUGGACAUCAUUACUGCAGAUCAACUUCAGGAAGCAAACACCUUCGACACAGAGACAUUCCUGGCCACAGAUGAGGUACACUGUGUGGGUCAUCUUGUCUGUGCAGUGAUUGCAGAUUCUGAGACGCACGCAAAACAAGCUGCAAAGCGAGUGAAGAUUGUCUACCAAGACUUGGAGCCUCUGAUCCUAACUAUUGAGGAAGCUAUACAAAACAAGUCCUUCUAUGGAUCAGAAAGGAAACUGCAGUGUGGGGAUAUUGAUGAAGCAUUUAAAACGGUUGAUCAAAUUCUUGAAGGUGAAAUACAUAUAGGCGGUCAGGAACAUUUUUAUAUGGAAACCCAAAGCAUGCUUGUUGUCCCCAAGGGAGAGGAUGGAGAAAUUGAUGUCUACGUGUCCACACAGUUUCCCAGAUACAUCCAGGAAGUAGUUGCCUCUACCUUGAAGCUCUCAGUCAACAAGGUCAUGUGUCAUGUAAGGCGAGUUGGUGGGGCCUUUGGAGGAAAGGUGGGCAAAACCAGCGUCAUGGCAGCCAUCACUGCAUUUGCUGCCAGCAAACAUGGCCGUGCAGUCCGCUGCAUUCUGGAAAGAGGAGAAGACAUGUUAAUAACUGGAGGCCGCCACCCUUACCUUGGGAAGUAUAAAGUUGGAUUCAUGAAUGAUGGCAAAAUCUUGGCCUUGGAUAUGGAACAUUACUGCAAUGCAGGGAGCUCCCUGGAUGAGUCAUUAUGGGUGAUAGAAAUGGGACUUCUGAAGAUGGACAAUGGUUACAAGUUUCCCAACCUUCGCUGCCGGGGCUGGGCCUGCAAAACCAACCUUCCAUCCAACACGGCUUUACGUGGGUUUGGCUUUCCUCAGGCAGGGCUGGUCACCGAAGUCUGUAUCACAGAAGUUGCAGUCAAAUGUGGGCUGUCCCCUGAGCAGGUUCGGACCAUCAAUAUGUACACGCACAUCCAUAAAACCCCCUACAAGCAGGAGAUCAAUGCCAAGGCCCUCACUGAGUGCUGGAGAGAAUGCAUGGCCAAGUCUUCCUACUCAAUGAGGAAAACAGCUGUAGGGAAAUUCAAUGCAGAGAAUUCCUGGAAGAAGAAGGGGCUGGCCAUGAUCCCCCUGAAGUUUCCUGUGGGUAUUGGAUCAGUAGCCAUGGGACAGGCAGCCGCUCUGGUUCACAUUUAUCUCGAUGGCUCUGCACUGGUCACUCAUGGUGGGAUUGAGAUGGGGCAAGGUGUCCACACUAAAAUGAUUCAGGUGGUCAGCCGCGAAUUAAAGAUGCCGAUGUCCAGUAUCCACCUGCGUGGGACAAGCACAGAAACUGUCCCCAACACAAAUCCCUCUGGAGGGUCUGUGGUGGCAGAUCUCAAUGGGUUGGCAGUAAAGGAUGCCUGCCAGACUCUUCUAAAACGCCUUGAACCCAUCAUAAACAAGAAUCCUCGUGGAACUUGGAAAGAUUGGGCGCAGACUGCUUUUGACCAGAGCAUCAGUCUCUCGGCUGUUGGCUAUUUCAGGGGUUAUGAGUCGGACAUAGACUGGGAGAAAGGGGAAGGCCAUCCCUUUGAGUAUUUUGUGUAUGGAGCUGCCUGCUCAGAGGUUGAAAUAGAUUGCCUGACUGGGGACCACAAGACUAUCAGAACGGACAUUGUGAUGGAUGUUGGACACAGUAUAAACCCAGCCCUUGACAUAGGCCAGAUUGAAGGCGCGUUUAUUCAAGGAAUGGGACUCUACACCAUAGAGGAGCUGAGUUACUCUCCCCAGGGCGUUCUGUACAGCCGUGGCCCAAGCCAGUACAAAAUCCCUGCUGUCUGUGAUGUCCCCACAGAGAUGCACAUUUCUUUCCUGCCCCCAUCUGAACACUCAAACACCCUGUAUUCAUCUAAGGGUCUGGGAGAGUCUGGGUUGUUCCUGGGAUGUUCGGUAUUUUUUGCCAUCCGUGAUGCAGUGAGCGCAGCACGAGAGGAGAGAGGCAUAUCUGGACCAUUGAGGCUCAACAGUCCACUGACUCCAGAGAAGAUCCGAAUGGCCUGUGAAGAUAAGUUCACAAAAAUGAUUCCGAGAGAUGAACCUGGAUCCUUUGUUCCCUGGAACAUACCUGUGUGAGCCAAAUGCAAGCUUCUGGAGAGACUGGCUCAGCUCCACUGCAGAAUGUAACUCCUGGUCUGUCUGCUGGAAGGAAGAUACUAACUAUGAAAGCCAGAUAAUCACAGUCCAGAAUCAACCAUAGCAUUGCUUUUCAUGAAGCUGAUUUGGAGAUUACUCCAGACACACCUAAACAAUUAUAAGUCAUAUUUUAAAUUGCACAAAUAUUAAAUUAUUUCCUUUUAGGAGAGAAUUUAUAAUUCUGUCCCUUGGAUCUGUCCAGCUAAAUAUAACACCUUGUCUGUGCCUCACUUUUGGUUUGUAUACACCAGCAAAAACUAUACUAAUUAUUGAAUGAGUAUGUUAUAAAUAAUUUCUUUCCUAUUGUGAA